AUGACUCGCCUAUUGGGUGUUGAUGAAGAAUUUGGGGAGGCUGCCAUCCUUGGCAAGCUUGAAGGCAUGAAAGAAAUUAUUGAAGAAGUGAACAAACAGUUUAAGGAUCCGGACUUGACAACAUUUGUUUGUGUUUGCAUUCCGGAAUUCCUCUCUCUAUAUGAGACUGAAAGACUAGUUCAGGAACUUGCUAAAUUUGAGAUUGAUACACACAACAUUAUAAUUAACCAAGUGAUUUUCGACGAAGAAGUUGUUGAAUCCAAGUUGCUGAAGGCUAGAAUGCGGAUGCAACAGAAGUACUUGGAUCAGUUCUACAUGUUAUAUGAUGACUUUAACAUUACAAAGUUACCUUUGCUGCCACAAGAGGUUUGUGGGGUUGAAGCCCUAAAAGGAUUUUCACAUCAUUUUAUAACACCAUACAAGCCUUCUCUUGCUCGAGGCUCGGUGGAAGAGCUGGAGAACAGAGUAGCUUCAUUGAAAGAACAGUUGAAAGAUGCUGAAACAGAAUUAGAGCAAGUUAGAAAAGGCAAACAGAAGGUAUAACCAAUCUCAGACAACCUGGGCGAUGGAGCGUGUUGUUUCGGCUUCUUCGCUUUUGUAUUUUUAUUAAGGGAAGUAUCAUUGAAUGAAUACUUGUGUAUUUUUCAAGAGGAUUUUCAUGUACGAUUGUUUCAUUUAUUGUUUGGGAGGUUCAUUUGUACCUUUGAUAAGUCAAUAAGUCGGGUUAUUUAGGCUUACAAUGUACUUGUAGAGGAAAGGGGGCCAAUGGUCUCAUUAAAUGUAAACCAUAUGAUAACGCCAGUAUUUAUGUAGUGAACCUAAAAGGCAGUGGAAGUUUCUUGGAGAUGAUGAGCAAAUUUUUAUUCCAAUCGUGAA